ACACACAAGCCAGGCGCCCCCUCUCCCAGUCCCCAUCACCUUUCCCAUCUCGUCUCAUCUCACACAAGCCAGGCACCCCCUCCCCGGCUCCUGCUCACAGCCAUCACCUUCCCCACCCCACACACGAGCUAAGCGCACACAGCAAGCGCCACAGAUCCUGCCCGGCGAGCUAGCGAGGACUCCAUCGGCCUCUCCGCAGCAAGCAGAGCAGAGCUCAGGCAGGCAGGCAGGGGAUGAAGCGCGUAGCGGGGAGCCCGGGGACAUGGAGCGGCAUGGCGCUGCGGCUGUCGCAGUGCGCCUUCGCCGCCGCCUCCGUCUUCUCGUUGGUCUCCGCCUUCGGCUUCUCCAACUACAGCGCCUUCAGGUACAUGGGUUUUGCGUUGGAGCUGCAGGUUGUGUGGAGUUUGUGCCUUGCUUGUAAGGAUAUCUUUGCUCUCAGGAAUAAAAAGGAUCUUCACACCCCACAUGAUCUAUUGUUCUUUGUUGUCAUUGACUGGGCCUUGGCGACUCUCAUGUUCUCAGGAGCCUGUGCCUCCGCGAGCCUCACAAUUUUCUUCAUGUGGGAUGUGAACCUCUGCGGGGCAUACUCACGUCUGGCCUGCCGGCAGUUCGCGCUUUCGGUCACCCUGGCGUUCAUGACGUGGGUGUUGCAAGCUGCAUCAUCUUUCUCUGGGUUGUGGCUACUGGUUUCAUUCUUCUAGUGAUCUCACGUGCUCAUCAUCGGUGUGGCAUUAUGCUAAUUGUCAGUCAGGAGGGUAAAUCGGUCGCAAUGCGAUCAGGACACUUGCUAGAUUUCAGUUAUGGGCGUGCUUCCUUCACCACUUGUUAGAUAGAUGGAUUGUCUGUUUGAUAGUAGCUCAUCUUUAUACUAGGAGUUGGUUAUGAAGGCCUUGAGGUGGAGCAGUUACUGUUUAGAUUAUGUGGGAUCAUUAAUAUGAAGAGUUAUAUAUGGAGAUAAGUGGCCAUCGAAGGUACUUGAAAUCUGGUUAUUUUAUAAUGGAAUUUUAUCUCUUA